CUGCCAGAAGUAAUAUAUAUGGAUGGUUUUACUUUAUGAAGAUUUUUGAUCGAUUGAAUUUAUUUACAUGGUUUUUAUUUAUGUUCGGCUGAAAACCACGUGAGGGUAUGAUAGUAAGAACAGAAUGCAGAUGUACUCAAAAACCGUCCAUUUUAUCCGUUAAGUAUUUACUAUUUUUGCUAAUUUUAUUCCGAGCAAAAUGCCCAAAACAAAAAAACCGGAUUUGUCAGCGACGAGAAGCCAGCGUGGGGGCCGGAGACGACAGAGGCCCGAGAGGGCAGGGCGUGCAAGCAGCAGCACAGCAGCAGAGCAUGUAGCGCAACCUACAGUGGAAACUCAGAUGGUGGCUUCCCAUUCCCCUCAGCCCUCCACAGCACCCAUUAUGGUGGCGCCAUCCAUCACUGUGGAAGGACCAACAGAUGCUAUUGGCUCAUCCCAGCAAGAAUCGACAGAAAUGGCACAAGCUGUACACUGGUUCAUCAAAACGGCUACACUGGAUAACGUCGCGGUGAAAAAAUCCAUAUGGCGUAUUUCGACCGCACCUCAACACAAAUGGAAGAGUCGACACAUAUUCUACGCUCAUGACGUCAUAUUGGACAGUUGAUCCUAAUUCAAAUCCAUAAUGAUGGAUAUGCACAUGUGAAAAUUUUUGUCCAUUUACUUGUCAUUCAAGGUUGCUUAUAUCAUGUAUAUGGCUUAAGUAAGGUUAAAAUAUUUAGUAGAACGUUAAUGCACUUGUGUUUACCCAGUGCAUGAUUACGUCAUAUUUGCUUAUUGAUAACGUCAUAUUUGCUUGUUGAUGACGUCAUAAUUACGUCAUAGUUGCCUAUUGAUUACAUCAUGUUUGCUUAAUGCAUGUUCCUUUGCUUUUUGCUUGCUUUUGUUGGGGGCGGCCCUGCGGUAUCCCCCAUAAUUUCACCGCGGCCAG